GAAGCAAGAGAAGAGAAGAGAUGCUUGCAGAGGAUCUACUAGGCACAGACUCUCGGUUGAGCCAAAACGAAACCUGAGACAGAAUUACAGUCAUGAAGCACGGCAUGUAGGUCUGGAUCACAAAGUAGCCAAUCUUCCUCUUCAGAGUGUGUCCAUCCUCUUCUGUCAGGCCGGGACACUCCUGACUGACGGCGAACAUCCUUGCGAUUGUGGGAGCGAAAACGCUCAGGCAGUCAGCAGUGAUUACAAGCAGGUGCACAGAUGCUUGAAGCAGAGCGGGGUGAGAAGGACACCAGCAAACUUUGGAUGGUCUGUACACUGCAACAACAGUCACCAUGUCCUGUAUGAAAAGGACACCUGUGUCUCCGUCGCUCCAUGGACUACGAGCCAGCAGCCCUGCUCUGUGGUGGCACAACUGGGAGGACUCUGCUCUGAUCUGACCGUCUCCCGGGACUGGAUGUGGACGGAAACUGCUGAGGCGUGAAAAAAUGCGGUUGUGGUGGAUUUCACUGUUUGGAUUUUGGAGUGUCUGUGGGGAACUGCCGUUCAUAGCAGAGAACAACGCUGCUAUGUUGGUCAACUGGAAUGCUGUUGAUGGGAAUAAAAAGCUCUACGCCAUUUAUGAUACAAGUGUCAAUGAGCCAGGGAACAUGUCCUUCGUCAAAGAAACUGUGGACAAACUCUUGAAAGGUUAUGACAUCCGUCUGCGGCCAGACUUUGGAGGUCCACCAGUUGCUGUUGGGAUGAGUAUAGACGUGGCGAGCAUAGACAUGGUUUCAGAAGUUAAUAUGGACUACACACUAACCAUGUACUUCCAACAAUACUGGAGAGAUAAGAGGUUGGCCUAUUUGGGGAUCCCGCUCAACCUGACUCUGGACAACAGAGUAGCAGACCAGCUCUGGGUCCCAGACACGUACUUUCUCAAUGACAAGAAGUCUUUUGUGCACGGUGUGACAGUCAAGAACCGGAUGAUUCGGCUUCACCCGGAUGGCACAGUUCUCUAUGGUCUCAGAAUCACGACGACUGCUGCCUGCAUGAUGGAUCUGAGGCGAUACCCGCUGGACGAGCAGAACUGCACUCUGGAAAUCGAGAGCUAUGGUUACACCACAGAUGACAUUGAGUUCUACUGGAAAGGAGGAGACACUGCUGUGACCGGCGUGACUCGCAUUGAGCUCCCUCAGUUUUCCAUAGUCGACUACAAACUGGUCUCCAGGAACGUAGUCUUUUCCACUGGUGCCUACCCUCGACUGUCUCUGAGCUUCAAGCUGCGGCGAAACAUCGGGUACUUCAUCCUGCAGACGUACAUGCCCUCCAUCCUCAUCACCAUCCUAUCAUGGGUGUCAUUCUGGAUAAAUUAUGACGCCUCAGCUGCCAGAGUUGCAUUAGGGAUCACCACUGUGCUGACCAUGACAACCAUCAACACCCAUCUGAGGGAAACGCUACCCAAAAUCCCUUAUGUCAAAGCUAUUGACAUGUACCUGAUGGGCUGCUUCGUGUUCGUUUUCCUGGCUCUGCUGGAAUAUGCCUUUGUCAACUACAUCUUCUUUGGACGAGGCCCUCAGAUGCAGAAGAAGCUGGCUGAGAAGGCGCUGAAGGCAAAUAAUGAGCGCAGCAAGUAUGAAAAACCUAAGUCUUUACUGGAAGGAGUCAAUUGCAAGUUUUCAUCUCUAAAACAGUCCAAUCAGGUACAAGGGCGUCGUCACUCACAGCGGGUCGACUCCCAGGGCAACAUUUUGCUGACAACCUUAGAGAUCCACAACGAGGUGGGAAGUAAUGAGAUUACCACCACCCUGAGUGAGACUCACAACUCCUCCUCCAUGGUGUUUGACAACUCUGGGAUCCAGUACAGGAAGCAGAGCGCGGUGCACGAUCCAGGUCGCCUCAGCCUGGACAGGAACGCACAUCUGAAGAAGACCCGGCUGCAGAGACGAUCUUCACAGUUGAAAAUCAAAAUUCCUGAUCUCACGGAUGUGAACGGCAUCGACAGAUGGUCACGGAUUAUUUUCCCAUCCGUCUUCUCCCUCUUCAACCUCAUUUACUGGCUGUAUUAUGCCAAUUAAGUGAGUGCAGACUUUAAUAAAGAAGCUGUCACUCACUGUGUGCAACAAGGAAUGGUCUACACAACAUGAGUUUACAAGGACUCGUCUGCAGACAAUCACGUUUGUAUGGACACGCCGGACGUGGACUGAAGAUUUGUUAUCCCAUCUUCCAAAAAACAUCAGUCAUUUAUUAGGUGAAGUCAAAGUAUCCAAUGCAACAUUCACUCAUCUGCCUGCAAAAAGGACAGAUACGCACAAGCAGACUACAUUUUAACCCGAUAUGUAGUCUGUCUAAAUUAGACUUAGAAAGUGGUUCUUUUUAUCAAACAUGCCACUUUGCCCUGGAAAAAAAUGCAUUUUUUUCACAUGCAUGUCUGCUGACAUUGCUAACAUUCUGUGACUGCCCAUGCUUUCCUGUAGGAGUACCCAAUAAUUGCUGAUACUUUCACAAAAUUGCACCUUUUUUUUCUGUCUAAAGUUUGGCUCAAUUAAAAAAGUGUUUAACCCUGAAGGUAAACUGAUAAGAAAGAAACAUUUAAACAAUUUAAAAUGAAAAUCCCUCCUAAACUGACAAUCGUCAUGUGUGAACCUAUAUAUAUGGAAGUGAAGAAAUGCCCAAAUUUGUAUAACUCUUAAAGGAAAAGUGUUUAUCAUGUAAUAUUUUUAGACGUCAGGUUGGAAAUAGACCAUCUGCCCGUCCACAGUGUUACCACAUCCUGUGAGAAAAUAUAAGCGAAAAGAUGCAAAAGAGGAAAAUAAGGUGAUAGAUUUCAAAAUAAAACAAUGUUAAAUCCCAAAUCAAUACACACAUAGAACUCUUUUAGAUAUUUAAGUUUUACACGCUUAUGUAUGAAUGGAAAUUAUAUCUGCAGCACAUUAAAAAACAUUAGAGGCAUUUCAUCAACGUAUCUCAGCAUCACUAGACGUUAGCAUCACCAACUUGUAGGUAGAUAAGGAAAAAAAAUGCUGACUUUGCUUGAUCAGAAGGUAUAAUAGUUAUUCAAAGCAAGACCAAAUGAAGAAGAAUUCUUAAGGAAGAAAGAAAAGGCAAAUGUCUUUAUUUUGCAUUUGCAGGAUAUUCUAAUUGAGAAGACAAAUCAUCUGGUUACAAAAAACAAACAAAAAAGCCAAGUAAAUGCAUUCAUAUAUAAACUACAAGUAUCUUCUGUCUAUCUUUAGAAAAACAAGCAUAAUCAAUGAAGUGUUUUUAAUUGGAUUGAUAUAUCUUUUUUCUUCAAUGAAUCUUUGCUACACAUUGUUUCAUUACUAUUGUUGGGCUCGGAAUUAACUUAGGAAUUAAAAUAUUUACAUUUGUUUGGAAUAUCUGGGAACACAAAAAGCAUGGUCACAGCCCCUCUGAACACGACGAGCAGGAUCUCACAGGAGACAGCGUUUUAUCCGUUUAUCUAUGACUUCCCCCUGUGAUGUUGUUAUUCUUUUUUGUCACAUCGUUAUUUUGUACAAAUGAAUGGAAAAACUGCCAAAAUUAGCUCUUGUCCUAUAGCCACUCUGUUUGUGUUCGUCAUUUCUGUAUAUUAAACUCUAAAAAGCCCUG